AAUUCACCCCAUUUCACAACCACCACCGCCGAACCAAUCCCGUUCUACCAGGUCAGUUUUGACAGCGAACGGACGUGGACCUCAGUAGGCGCGUCUUUCCUCAGAAAUCUUCAAGAAAAGGGCCCGGAAUCUUCGUCCAGCAAGCAAGAGUGAAAACCGGUUGACCGGCGCGAAAACAGGUACUUCCUUUCGGCAAAACGCACACACACACUCCAGAAGACUGAUUAGAGCAAAAAAUGAAGACGUGGUGCGUUUCGGCACUGUUGGCGGUGGCCACCCUGGCCGGUUCCGGCUGGGCCAUGUACUCGCCCUCGGACAACGUGGUGGAGCUAACGGACGGCAACUUUGAGCGGUUGGUGGUGAAGAGCGACGAGGUGUGGGUGGUGGAGUUUUACGCCCCGUGGUGCGGCCACUGCCAGCAACUGGCGCCGGAGUACAAGAAGGCGGCCUCGGCGCUGAAGGGGGUGGUGAAGGUGGGGGGAGUGAACUGUGACGAGCAGAAGAGCGUUUGUGGGCAGUAUGGGGUGCGGGGGUUCCCGACGAUCAAGAUCUUCGGGGGGAACAAGCGCUCGCCGGUGGAUUAUAACGGGCAGCGGGCGGCCAAGGAGAUUGCGGAGUCGGCGCUGGCUGAGGUAAAGAAGAAGGUCAAGAGCAUUUUGGGGGGUGGGGGUGGUGGUGGUUCGGACGGUGGAAGUUCCGACUCGAAGGACGUCGUCGAGCUGACCGAUGCCAACUUUGACAAACUGGUGCUGAACAGCGAGGACAUCUGGCUGGUGGAGUUCUACGCGCCGUGGUGCGGUCACUGCAAGAACCUGGCACCGCACUGGGCCAAGGCCGCUUCGGAGCUGAAGGGCAAGGUCAAGCUGGGUGCGCUGGACUCGACGGUUCACACGAUUAAGGCUCAACAGUUUGGAAUCCAGGGCUAUCCGACGAUCAAGUUCUUCCCGGGAGGUCCGAAGGAUCGCGACACGGCCCAGGAUUACGACGGCGGACGCACCUCGGCCGACAUUGUCAACUGGGCGCUGGAGAAGUUCAGCGAAAACAUCCCCGCGCCGGAGAUCGUCCAGCUGACUUCGGAAGAGGUCACCAAGAAGAUCUGCCAGGAGAAGCCACUUUGCGUGAUUUCGGUUCUGCCGCACAUUCUGGACUGCGACGCCGCUUGCCGUAACAAGUUCCUCGCGACCCUCGCCAAGAUGGGUGAAAAGUACAAGAAGAAGCUGUGGGGCUGGCUGUGGACCGAGGGCGGCGCUCAGCCGGAGAUCGAGGCCACGCUGGACAUCGGAGGCUUCGGCUACCCGGCGAUGGCCGUCGUCAACGUGAAGAAGAUGAAGUACUCACUGCUGCGUGGAUCGUUCUCCGAGGAAGGCAUCAACGAGUUCCUGCGGGAUCUGUCGUACGGCCGGGGUCACACCGCACCGAUCAAGGGCGCCGAACUGCCCAAGAUCCACACGAUCGAAGCCUGGGACGGCAAGGACGGCCAGCUGCCCGAGGAGGAAGACAUCGAUCUGUCCGACGUCGACUUGGACGAGAAGGACGAACUGUAGA